AUUGAGGGCACAAUGCAAAAUAUUACUUCAACAUCUCACUUCCUGCUCUUGGAAUUCUCUGACAUCCGAGAAGUACAGAUCAUAUACUCCUUUGUGUUCUUCACAGUAUACUUGACUGCAGUGACUGGCAAUCUUCUCAUCAUUCUUGCCGUAGCCUUGGACCAUCAUCUGCACACCCCCAUGUACUUCUUUCUCAUGAAUUUGGCCAUUCUGGACCUUGGCUCAGUUUCUGUCACAGUACCCAAAGCCAUCGCCAAUUCUCUCAUGAACAGCAGGUCAAUUUCUUAUUCAGGAUGUGUAGCUCAAGUUUUCUUUUUCUUUUUAUUUGUAGGGAUAGAUUUAGCCAUUCUAACAGUAAUGGCGCAUGAUCGGUAUGUGGCUAUCUGCAAUCCACUACAAUAUGAGACCAUUAUGCACAAAUAUGCCUGCAUUCAGAUGGCAGUCAGUGCAUGGAUUGUUGGUACACUCAAUGGUAUAUUGCACACUGGAGGAACUUUUGCUAUCACCUUCUGUUCCAACAUGAUUGAUCAGAUCUUCUGUGAAGUACCACAGAUUUUAAAACUGGCCUGUUCAGAUAUGUAUCUAAUUGAAGUUGGUUUUGUUAUGUUUAGCUGUUCCCUUGCACUAGGAUGUUUCAUCUUCAUCAUUGUCACCUACUCACAGAUUUUUGCAGCAGUGCUCAGAAUCCCUUCCGUCCAUGGUCAGAAAAAGGCCAUGUCUACUUGCCUUCCUCACCUCACCGUGGUCUCUCUAUUUAUAUUUAUUGGCAUCUUUGCCUAUUUGAGGCCUCAGAGUUACACUUCAUCUGACCUGAAUGUUCUUUCUGCAAUAAUUUAUGCUAUAGUCCCCCAUUUGCUCAAUCCAUUCAUUUAUAGCAUGAGGAACAAAGAAAUCAAGACUGCAUUAUUGAAGUUGUCUGAUUGUGAGUAUUUUCCAAAAAUAUUUGCUAGCAAAGCUUUUCAACAAAAAUUGGGUUGA